ACUGGUCGCGCGGUUCCGCCGUUCGAGCGCGCGGUGAGGGAGCGAGCGAGACGGACGCAAUACGGCUAUAACUUUUUGCAGGAACUGUAUAAUCAUACUUCUCGAGUGAAAAGGGUGAAGUUCAUUAUAUUGGAACUCUGUUCAUGCUUUAGUUCGGGUCAGUGAGUGAACUAUUCGAAGGAAGGGACCGUUGAGAAGUGGCCGAUAAUUUAUUAUAAUCUGUUGUUUCUCCAUCCUCCAUCGGAUCGCCUCAGCCUGAGUCAGAGAUGUCCAGUAACCGCCGCGUGCACCUCGCCGUCACUGUCCAACUUUAAAACUCUCACUUUUUAUUUCGGAGUCUUUUUUUUUUUUUUUUUUACCGCGUUUCUGACUGCUCUCUAAAGUGAGGCCAUGGCGGAACAUGAAAGUCUGGAGUUCGGCAAGGCGGACUUUGUCCUUCUGGACGACGUCUCUAUGGACGAGUUCAUGGAGAACCUGAGAAUCAGGUUUGAGAAAGGUCGGAUUUACACCUACAUUGGGGAGGUGGUAGUAUCUGUGAACCCAUACCGUGCCAUGAACAUCUAUGGACGUGACACCAUUGAGCAGUACAAGGGCCGAGAGCUGUACGAGCGACCGCCGCACCUGUUCGCCAUCGCCGAUGCCGCCUACAAAGCCAUGAAGAGGAGGAACAAGGAUACAUGCAUUGUGAUCUCAGGUGAGAGCGGAGCAGGGAAGACAGAGGCCAGCAAGUACAUCAUGCAGUACAUUGCUGCCAUUACUAAUCCGCACCAGAGAGCCGAGGUCGAAAGGGUGAAGAACAUGCUGUUGAAAUCUAACUGUGUCCUAGAGGCAUUUGGCAAUGCCAAAACCAACCGCAAUGACAACUCCAGCCGCUUCGGCAAGUACAUGGAUAUCAACUUCGACUUCAAAGGGGACCCCAUUGGUGGACACAUCAGCAACUACCUUCUGGAGAAGUCCAGAGUCAUUUUCCAACAGGAAGGGGAGAGAAGCUUCCAUUCUUUCUACCAGCUUGUGAAAGGGGGUCCAGAGUCUCUGCUGCGAUCGCUGCACAUCCAGAAGGACCCAGCUGCCUACAACUACAUAAAAGUGGGAGGCCAGCUGAAGUCCUCCAUCAAUGACAGCAGUGAUUUCAAAGCCGUGGCAGAUGCCAUGAAGGUGAUUGGAUUCACAGGGGAGGAGGUCCAUACAGUUUACAAGAUCCUGGCCACCAUCCUGCACUUGGGUAACAUGAAGUUUGACAGCGAUGGAGAUGUCACACUCAUCGAAAACGGGAACCUGGUGCCGGUGCUGGCCGAGCUGCUGGCUACCAAGCAGGAGAGCGUGGAGAAGGCAUUGCUCUACCGCACUGUGGCCACGGGUCGCGAUGUCAUUGACAAGCAACACACUCCACAGGAGGCCAGCUAUGGCCGCGAUGCAUUAGCCAAGGCUAUUUACGACCGCCUCUUCUGUUGGAUUGUGGGAUGUAUUAACGAUAUCAUUGAGGUGAAGAACUAUGAUGCCAGGAUCCAUGGGAAGAACACCGUCAUUGGGGUGCUUGACAUCUAUGGCUUUGAGAUUUUCCAGAACAACAGCUUUGAGCAGUUCUGCAUUAACUACUGCAACGAGAAGCUGCAACAGCUCUUCAUCCAACUGGUGCUGAAGCAGGAGCAGGAGGAGUACCAGCGUGAAGGCAUCCCCUGGAAGCACAUCGACUACUUCAACAACCAGAUCAUUGUGGACCUGGUGGAGCAGCAGCACAAGGGCAUCUUCUCCAUCCUGGACGAGGCUUGCAUGAACGUGGGCAAGGUGACGGACGAGCUCUUCCUGCAGGCGCUCAACAGCAAGCUGGCCAAGCACGCACACUACACGAGUCGCAAGCUCUCCCCAACAGAAAAGUGCCUGGAGUUUGACCGAGAUUUCCGCAUCAGGCACUACGCUGGAGAUGUGACGUACUCCGUGGUCGGCUUCAUAGACAAGAACAAAGACACCCUCUUCCAAGACUUCAAGAGACUGCUGUACAACAGUUCAAACCCUGUGCUGAAGGCAAUGUGGCCGGAAGGGAAACUGAGCAUUACAGAGGUGACUAAACGACCCCUCACUGCGGGCACGCUCUUCAAGACCUCCAUGAUCUCGCUGGUGGAGAACCUGGCUUCCAAGGAGCCCUACUAUGUGCGCUGCAUCAAGCCCAAUGAUGUGAAGUCACCCCUGCUGUUUGAGCAGGAACGCUGCCGCCACCAGGUGGAGUACCUGGGCCUAUUGGAGAACGUGCGAGUGCGCCGUGCGGGCUUUGCCUACCGACAGACCUACCCACGCUUCCUGCAAAGGUACAAGAUGAUCUCGCAGUUCACCUGGCCAAACCAUGACCUACCGUCUGACCGUGAAGCGGUGAAGCGCCUGCUCCAGGGCUGUGGCUUUGAGCAUGAUGUGGCCUACGGCAAGACCAAGGUGUUCAUCCGCACCCCGCGCACCCUCUUCACCCUCGAAGAGCAGCGGGCCGAAAUGGUGAAGCGCAUCGUCCUCUUCUUGCAGAAGGUGUGGCGUGGUGCUCUAGCCAGGAUGCGGUACCGCCGCAUGCGGGCUGCACUCAUCAUCAUCCGAGUCUAUCGGCGCUACAAGGUCAAAUCAUACAUCCGCGAAGUCAACCGGCGCUUCAAAAAUGUCCGCACCAUGAAGGAUCACGGGAAGCAUGUCAAGUGGCCCAUGCCCCCCAAAGUCCUGCGCCGCUUCGAGGAGGCGCUGAGGAACAUCUACAACAGGUGGUGGGCCUGGACCCUCAUCAGAAGCCUUUCACCUGAGGAUGUGCUGCAGGUCAGGGCAAAAGUGGCUGCCUUGGAGUCUCUGAAAGGCCACAGGGCUGACCUGGGCCUCCAGAGAGCCUGGGAGGGCAACUACAUGAAACGUGAUAGUCCUGAGACAGCGUCGUCCUUUACUCUGGUCUCCAGUGACCUGCAGCGCAAGGACAAGUUCAUGAGAGUCCUUUUCUCCAGCAAUGUACGAAAGAUCAAUCGCUUCCACAAGUGUGAGGACCGCGCGGUGCUCAUCACUGACCGACAUCUGUACAAGAUGGACCCCCUGAAGCAGUACAGGCCCAUGAAGAGCAUUCCUCUCUAUAAUGUGACAGGGGUGAGCGUGUCCCCAGGGAAGGACCAGCUCGUGGUGUUCCACACCAAAGACAGCAGGGACCUGAUUGUGUGCCUCCAGGGCAUGGUACCAGCAGGCGAGAGCCGCGUCGGGGAGCUUGUGGGCGCCCUGCUAAGUCACUUCAAGAGUGAAAAGAGGAAGCUGCAGGUGAGCGUUGUCAGCCCUAUCCAGUGCAGCAUGCACGGCAGGAAGUGCACCAUUGUCGUGGAGCCCAAGAUCAACCUGUCUCAGCCGGAGUUCACCAAAAGCCGCUCAGGGUACAUCCUGGCUGUGCCGGGCAACUAGAAGUACCAGAGUCCAGUCCGCUUUCAGCCAAACGGAGACGUGGGGUACCUCGACAUGUGGAGAGAUUUGAGGGACAGGAUGGUCAGUGGGUGGCUUUUAAUGUUAUGACAUCUUUCUCUUAAUACCUGUCUCCCAGCAGAUUGAUUUCCCCCCCCCCCCCCCCCUUCUUAUUUUAUAAUGAGGAAAAUUGAUUUGGAACAAAAUAAGAGUUUAUCCAUUGAGGCUGUGUCAAAGGGCCUGUCUUCACAAAACAGAACAAUUUGAGAAAUGGGAUGAUGUUGAUGUUAAUUUUUGUUAUUUUAUAACAUAGCUGAUUAAGUUUAAUAUGGUUAAUUUUCCAUAAGUAGUAUUCCAUAAGCCAUGAUUUUUCUAUUGUUUUUGGGAAUAUGAAAUUGUUGUGUGACUCUUUACCUGGAAGCUAGAAAACAUCCCAGGCUUGAUCAUAAACAGUUGUUUUGUUUUAGAAAUUUGACAUGAUGGAAGGCUGUUAGAUAACAAAAGAUGUAAAUGGUGUGCUGAAGUGACCCCAAACUGGGAGUGCGUCCCAAACCACGGCAAGACAAUUCAGUGAGCAAACGUACAGCGUCUCUGCUCUGUAUACCAUGCUGUCAUUGCUCUGUUUCCUCUGUCAGCCUCUCUGAUUGCAGUUCUUUCUCACUUGUACAUACGCUUGCUUUUGGAUUGCCAUGGUGUGGGGGGUGGGGGUGCUGGGGGGCACUGGUGUCUCCCACAGGGGUUGAUGCUCACUCCGUCUGUGCUGAAACCCAAAGAGCCUUGGGUUAGCCUUGUUAGCAAUGACAGUGUAUCAUCUUUCACACCAUAUUCUGUGUGUGUUCUCUCUACAUUUUAUUGCCAUGUAGGAUUAUUAGAUUUGAAUAUGUAAAUCAGUUUUGACAUGUCAGCAGGCAGAGGCUGGGGGCGGGGGGGUAUGUUGAGCAUAUCCUGGAACCCAUAAACUGCUUCUGAGAGGAGCAGCAAAAUUUCUUAAUUUAUAUACAUGUUUUUGCACCUUUACAUAUCCAUAUAUUUCUUAUAUGUUGUUUAUAUAUGAUAUAUUAGGUAGCUUAUCUGUAUUCAGCAGAUCAGAUAUACAUUCCAGCCCUAAGGGAUCUGAAUACACACCCACACGGAGUGCGGAUUUCCAACUGGUGACAAAAGACAGGAAGCUGUGGUGUCUGCCAGUCGUAUUGCGUCCAUCAGUAAACAACGGAUGCGCCCUGUUGACUGUAAUAGCCCAGGGGUUAGGGGGGUGUUGGCCGAGAUGACUCAGGUGGACCGUCGUCUGUUUCUUUCACCAUGUUCGCUGUAACAGAGCAACGCUAAAGAAAUGAUCUCUUUUCUCUGGCAGCUUUUUAAUUCUGUCCACACAGUAACCCCCCAAACACCUAAUAAAGGCAGAAGAGCCCUUUUUCAAGUGUUUCGAGGGCUGGAGGUUAAAUAUCUUAGAAGUUUCUAAAUAUUAUUCAAAGCAUAUUUUACUGAAUGGAAAAAAGAAUGUAAAAAUCACAGCUGUCAGCCCUGAGAUGUACGGCCCGAGCCCACAGCAACGAGCAAGAAGAGACUACUGUAAUUAAAGAACAUGGGAAACUGCGAUAGGUUUUCAGACUGAAUGACAUGACUUCAGUAACAGUGGAAUCUGUGUCCACUAGGGAGGAGGUGUGUGUGUGAAGUUUGUGUGUGUGUCCGUCCGUCCGUCCUUUCUUCCUUCCUUCCUUCCUCCCUCCCUCCUUCAGACUGGGACUGGGUGCCACACCGCUGCAGUGAAGACCCUGUUGUCUCGGUAGGGAAUUGAUAUUGUGGUGGUGCUCUGACCGGAGCAGCUCUGCCACCUAUACUCCUCUCUAGUGUAAAACCCGGCUGGUUCACCAGAGUCUUUGACCCCACGUUCACACCAGAUGUCUGUCUGUCUCAGUGAAGCACUGCUGUUCCUCUUCAUUCCCUUUUCGUUCUCAUGCCGUUUGCGGAGUAGCCUUUUAACUGAGCAUUUGCAAAUUCCUGAUGAGACCAGGCUGUGUACCUGCCCAUGAACAGGUUCAGUUUGGCCCAUAUACAUCCUGAGGAACACUGCUCUCCAAGAGCAGUGGAGGAAGGAGAUGGAGAAGAGCGGCAGGACCUCAGAACAAUGCUGAAUGGGGGAUGAGAGCGGGAUGCGGACGGUCACCACUCAGUCCGGUCCUCACAGUCUCCUCAGCCAAAUGGCACUUGGUGUCCAUCUUUCUCUCAACACGAAUGAUGUCACAUCUGUGCAGUUUCUGUUUCAGAUCAGUGCUCCUCAACCUUCUCUCUUUCCCUUACCGCAGUACUCUGACUACUCCAAGUACACAGUAUUGACUCAGACUGACUGAAGGGCAUGCUGGGAGUUUGAGGCAAGAGCUCCCUGGGCGCUUGGCCUACUUUGUGUACUUCCUAUGGAGGACAGAAAGUGCCGAGCGCAGUCUUCAGCAGACCCACAGUGUAGCCUUUUCACAGCUUCCUUCAAGCUGUGCUCCUGUAUUUGCUCUUUAAUAAUAACAGUAAUAAUAAUAACAAUAAUAGUAAUAAUAGUAAUCACAGCUCCAAACACCUGCUGGAUAAUUGGCCACUUGUGUUGCAUAUUGAAGUGCGUGUUCAGUGGAAAGCACUGUAUUUCCAUCUUGCGCUGUACCUUUGCUAUUUGGCCAAAGUGGCUCAUGUGGAUCCUCUGUCAUAGAGGAUGAUCUGGCACAGGUGCACAGACAGACACACACACUCUGUUCCUGUGCAAAGCCUGGUCUGCUGUGCUCCAUCAACCCACUUCCCACCAAACGCUCAGUGGGGUGGAGGUGCGGUCACUGGCAGUGACGUAAGGAAUGUAAGGAAGCUGUAAGUUCCCCCAUAAAAAAAUGCCCUAAAUGUGGUCAUAAAGCAAACGACCGGUGAGCGAGAGAAGUCUCUUCCAGAAUCUCAUACCCUUGGGCUGUUCGUGUGUCUCAGUGGGGUGUCUACCUGGUGUAAAUGGUGUAAAAGUGCACACGCACAUGUGUUAAGACUAGGACAUACAGAACAUAGAGGAUGUGUCUCCAUGUAUUCUACGCUGUUGUGUGGCGUUGACGACUGCGCCUCAUGGAGACGGACAGACAUCGCUGUAGCUGAGGGCUCUUUGUUGUACCACGCAGUGUGGCACCACGAGCUCUUGUCCAACCUCUGUGGUGUGUGUGGUCGACUGAAUCUCUUUCUGUUCGCAAGGGUCAUCUUCCAUUGUUCAGCUCAUACUUUUUUGCGUGAGCUCCUCAUUUUGGUCUCGACUUAAGUUUAAACAAAUCCGCUGGGGAUCAGCCGGUCACCCCCCCUCCCCCCAUACCCAACGCGUGACACUUCACCAUACGGCUAAAUCCUCAAAGUCACAGUGACGGCAGUGUUUUCUCCUAAAAAGCCCCCCGUGCUUUUAUUAUAGGUCCCAGUGGCCGUAUGAAACUGGAUUUUCUAUAUUUAAUUUUGGGCAGAACACAGUUGUGUGAAAAAGAGAGGGAGGGCAUUUCACUGCCAUCACAGUGCAUUUUCUCCAUGUUCUUCCAUGUUCUUGUGCUCCUGUGUGUGUGAGGGUGAGAGAGAGACUCACCUCUCCACUCUGGGUGGGUUCUGUGUUGUGUGUCGGCGUGCGUGGACGUCGAUCCUACAAUCGGUUGAGUUCUGCCAUCGAUGUGUCAGUGUGUUUCUGUGGCCCAAAGUGACACCAACGUGCUGCUAACGCUCUUCUAAAUGACAGCUGAAGUAAAACAUAUUUUUAAUCUUUUUUGUUAUGCCAAAAGAUCAAAGAAACUUGAUCAAGAUCUUUGUGAAGUUCAAGUUAAUUUCUGCUGCAAUGCCAUUUGUACAAUUUCAGUAAAGUACUGUACUGUAUUUAAACCCUUUUUACCUUAUUAAAUGACCUGAGAGUCGAAUUUGACAUCUGUAUGCAAAUAAGUGACCUGUCAGCAGAAAGCUCCCCCCUCCGACACAGUACCACCGCUUUUGUCAACAGGGCAUUUCCUGUGCGUUGGCCACUUUUACACGUUGUGUUGUUCCCCAAGCUUCAGGUACAUACAUACGUACAUAUAUAUGUACAUAUACACACGUGUGUAUCAGAACCAACGCAUUCGCAGCGACACGCAGUGCUUCACGUGUGUAUCAGAGCAUGUUUUGUAACGCAGGACCAUUAUUCUGUAUGUCAAUAAAGACGUCCUCAGAGAAAAGUUGCGACACUCUC